ACAACCUGACCACCCUUGCCAGUGCUGAAAUGGGUUCGCCUAAAAUACUACCAUUACUACAAGGGAUGUUAAUUUCACUCGUGUCAGCUGUUUUCCUCGGUAUUACUGCAUUCACGAUUUCUUGUCCACACAACCAUGGCAGGCUAUUCCCCUUUCAAAGACUACCUUGGAUUUUCAGGUCUUCUUUUCUCCGAAGAAACGGAAACUAACCCCGGUCGCGGAGACCCAUUCAAGUUCCAUCGUGAAGGGUCACCCGUGCAAAUUGGAGCCGAACGAUCGGUUGUGCAACCAACAUCAGUGGUCAAGGACCGUCCCCGGAAAACAUCCCUGUCGUCUAUUGAGACCGACGUCAGUGACGACACUUGCGCCAGUCGGGACAGCGAGUCAAGCUUCAGCUUCUGCCUUCCGAACAUCCCCGAGUUCUCCCGACCGAUUCUACCUCAGAAGCAAAGCCAAUCCGUGCCAACGUCGCCAACGAACUCCGAACAGCGUUUGAACCCAAGCCCGUGUCUAGAAGUUGAAGAUCGAACCUUCCCUGCUCCUGAUUAUGAUCGAGAGGACGUCUUAUCGUCUGCUGCUGAUCUUCGAAGCUCCCUACAUCGUCACGACGUCUCCGCAGCCGCGUCAACCGUCACAGGUGUGAUGGAGAAGCUGGUUAUGGACGCUGUGGAGAAGAAAAUGAGGGACUCAGCCGAAAAAUUCAACCGUCCUACUGUUUGCGUUUUCUGUCAGCGCAAUGGAGAGACAGUUGAGUAUUACUCGACUCAUCUUCUGAAGGACAACAGAGGCAAAGUGAUAUGUCCAGUCUUGAGGAAGUACGUAUGUCCGAAAUGUAGCGCCACGGGGGACAACGCGCACACUGUCCGCCACUGCCCCCUGUCCAGGAGUGCGCUGUCCAUUGCGGAUACAUUCAAGACCCCUCGGACUAGCUGCGGCUUCAGGAAGAGUACAUUCUAGAAGAAACGUACGACUGGUGUCACCAUGGUAACGGAAUCAACGCUAUCGAAUACGGACUUGCGAGACUUUAUCAAAGGGACAAACAUUAAAUAUUACUUUUGGGGAAGCUGCUGCUUGUGAAAUAUUAUUUGAAGAAACGAUUCAUCUUUAUGUGGAAUACGUAGCAGACGAUACUUUUAUGGACGAAGAAACGUACUUUGUGAAGCACUGAUUCAGCUGAUAUCUGUUUCCGUCAACCGAGAGCAGACGACACUUCCUGAUGACGUCAUCCGAUUUGGCCUGGAACGUGUAUUGGCUGUUGAAAGCCGAUCAUACUGGACGCUGACGUCAUCAAAUUUGGCCUGGGACGUGUAUUGGCUGUUGGAAGCCGAAUAUACUGGUAGAUGACGUCAUCAAAUUUGGCCCGGAACGUGUAUUGGCUGUUGGAAGCCGAAUAUACUGGUAGAUGACGUCAUCAAAUUUGGCCCGGAACGUGUAUUCGCUGUUGGAAGCCGAAUAUACUGGUAGAUGACGUCAUCAAAUUUGGCCCGGAACGUGUAUUCGCUGUUGGAAGCCGUAAUCGUACACUGCAAUGCAUUUCAGACCGACCUUACAGGUGGUCAUCGUGGACGUUUAUAUCAUUGCAACAAAAGGAUAUGUUUUACACUGACUGACAUAUUCUAGAGAAACAAUUCCUUGAAAAGA